AUGAAUAAAGUGAGAACCAACGCUGGGGCCUGUUAUCCUAAGCAAGAUCCUGAGCAUGGCGGCAGUCACAUGAUCUCCACAGAUGACUUGGAGUAUCCACGGGAGUACAGGACGCUGGGAAACAGCGGCCGGCGCUUCUCCAAUGUUGGCUUGGUGCACACAUCGGAGCACCGCCACACCGUCAGUGCCGCACAGAGCCUGGAGGCCCUGACCAACCUGCACAAGGCUGACAUGGAACGAAAGAGGGAUGCCUUCAUGGAUCACCUGAAGAGUAAAUACCAACAGCAGCAGCAACAGCAGCAGCAACAGCAGCAGCAGCAGCAGCAGCUGCAGCAUCCCCAUCAUAGCCCCCACCACAACCCACCAUCACCCUCACCCUCUCACACCAGCACGAGGGGCUCAUCAGAAAGAUCUGCUAGAGAACAGCAACAACCCAACUACUGGAGCUUUAAGAGCCGCAGUCCACGGCAUUCCCAGUCUACGCAGUCCGGACUCGCUGACCAAGCUGCCAAGCUUUCCUUUGCUUCCGCUGAAUCCCUGGAGACCAUGUCAGAAGCGGACAUGCCCCUUGGGUUCAACCGGAUGAACCGAUUCCGCCAGAGCCUGCCGCUGUCUCGUUGUGGCAGUCAGAAUAAGCUACGAUCUCCAGGCAUGCUUUUCCUGCAGUAUGGAGAUGAGACACGGCGAGUUCACAUCACCCACGAGCUUAGCAGCAUGGACACCCUGCACGCUCUCAUCGUACACAUGUUCCCUCAGAAGUUGACAGCGGGGAUGCUGAAGUCGGCCAACACUGCGAUCCUGAUCAAAGAUGAGGCCCGAAACGUCUUCUAUGAGCUGGAGGACGUCUGGGACAUUCAGGACCGUAGCAUUAUCAAGAUUUACCGCAAAGAGCCCAUCUAUGCUUCUUACCCUACAGCCGCACACCUGGCUAAUGGAGACCUGCGGAGAGAAAUGGUUUAUUCGUCUAGGGAAUCUUCGCCAACACGUCGCCUCAACACCCUUCCUUCCUCUUCGACCUCGGCACCCUCGGGUUCUCCGUCCCGCUCUCGCCUCUCGUACAGCGGGGGUUGUACUCCCUCCUUCUCUGGCAACCAUCCCCAGCAGGAACAGCCUAGACAUCCCCACCAUCCUCCUGGUAGCCACGGUGCCAACAUGGGUCUGUCUCCAUCACCCAGUGCCAUCUUGGAGCGCCGUGAUGUCAAGCCUGACGAAGAAGUUUCUGCAAAAAAGCUGGCUCUGAUGAAAAAUGAGGGACUGUAUGCGGAUCCCUACAGUUUGAUGAAUGAGGGUCGCCUCAGCAUUGCCUCCACCCAGUCUUUAGCUGCUUUUGGAGACCCUUUCAGCUACCCUGUUACCACUGGCCUGUACCGGCGAGGGUCUGUUCGCUCUCUCAGCACCUACUCUGCUGCUGCUCUUCAAGGAGACGUGGAGGACUCAUUCUACAAGCCUGGAGGUUCACUAUACUCUGACACGUACUCCUCUGCAACCCUGGGAAUGGGGUUUCGAAUGCCGCCCUUGUCCUCACAAAAAAUCCCUGACAUGCAGCUGAGGGACAGGGAUUCGUAUUCCACUUCACCACGGCCCUCACCUGUCAGGCAGACUUUCCGGAAAGACUCUGCUUCCUCAUCUGUGUUUGUGGACAGUCCAAAGUCAAGGCCCAGCUCCAGUUCAGAGCCUGGAUUUGGUCCUUCUUUAUCUGGACAAGAUGCAGACACAAGCAGGGACCACCGUCUGGAGCGUAUGGAGGCUAUGGAGAAGCAAAUAGCCAGCCUGACUGGCCUCGUGCAGAGUGUACUGACCAGGGCACCAGACAGCGACAGCACAUGUGGCCUACUGCGUCUCUGCAUGAUGGCGGGCUGCCCUCCGGACCAAGGGACGGAGUUUUCACGGCCAUUACCUUUCUCUUCCAGCGAGAAGACCGAAACUAACAGUGACGGCUCUGCCACUGGAACUGGACGCCAGAAGAAGAAAGCAGCCAAUACACCGUCAGCACCUUUAGCUCUGAUGCCACCACCGCCCUCUAACACAACCCUGGUGAACGGUGUUGGUCACCUGCAGAUGAAACUCCAUCUGCAGGGUUUGCAGCAAAACGCCACCGACCUCCGCAAACAGCUUGGUCAGCUUCGCAAGAUACAGAUGGAGAACCAGGAUUCAGUGCGAACUCUGCUGAAACGAACAGAGGCUGAGCUGAAUAUACGUGUAGCAGACGCUCUGAGGAAGCAGGAGGAUCCUUUGCAAAGACAGCGCCUCCUUGUGGAGGAGGAAAGACUCAAGUAUCUCAAUGAAGAAGAACUCAUCAUACAGCAGCUCCAUGACCUGGAGAAAUCAGUGGAGGAGAUCCAGAAGGAGUCAUCUGUCAACCACAAGCUGGUGACGGUGCAGGAGCUGGAGGAGAAGGCUACAGUUUUGAGAAAGCUGGGAGAAACACUAACAGAGCUCAAAAAUCAGUUCCCGAGCCUGCAGAGCAAGAUGCGAGUGGUGCUGCGGGUGGAGGUAGAAGCUGUGAAAUUCCUCAAAGAAGAACCACACAGACUCGAUGCCCUGUUAAAACGCUGCAAGACUAUAACUGACACCCUCACCUUGAUGCGCAAGCAAGCAAAUGAAGGGGUUUGGAAAAAGCAGGACAACUUCUCUAGCCCUUCAUCAAAGCACAAUGAUGACUUGCAAAAAUUUUCAGGAUUUGACAUCCCCACUAGCCCACCCCUAACUAUCAAUGACAAUGGAGGAGGCAACAGCCUGUCUAACUGGAGUCCUCACUCCAGCCUCAGCCGUGGUCUCGGAAACCCGUCCGGUCCUCACAAGGACAAUCAUCCUCCUAUUCCCCACAAAGGCAAAGCCCUAGAGGAGCUGGAGCGGCGCGCUGCCGCCGACAAAGCUUUGUCAAUGGAAGUCCGACUGGCGGCAGAGCGGGACUGGGAGGAAAAGCGUGCCAGUCUUACACAGUACAGUGCUCAGGACAUCAACCGUCUGCUGGAGGAGACCCAAGCCGAGUUGAUGAAGGCUAUUCCAGACCUGGACUUUGCUGCCAAGCAGAUCAAGCCCUCCUCCAACACAUCAUCAGCCCAGAACCCUCAAAGUGGGGUGUCAACAACAGAGCAUCGCUCUAGCAAGCCACAAAACAAGUUUUCAGCAAAGGAGGGGGGGUCCAGGCGUGGUUCUGAUGAGCUGACAGUGCCAAGGUAUCGCACAGAAAAACCCUCCAAGUCUCCUCCUCCUCCUCCACCUAGACGUAGUUUUCCAUCAUCUCCAGGAGUGACUUCUCGCAGCGGAGAGCCAUUAAUUCCUGGAAAAAGCAUAAAGAAAUCAGAAUCUGAAGAGAAUGACACCCAAAAGCCUCACAUAAAACCGAGGAGGACCAUGUCCGAAAACCCCCGUCCUGCAUCCACACCCCCAAUGUUGGCCUCAGGAGAGAAGGAGCAAGAAGAGGAAGAAAAAAUUGCUGCUGAACUCGAGGGAGGGAAUAAUCCCACCGUUGGUAAAGUUCAUUCCUCGGCUGCCUUGAAGCUGAAGCACCUGCAGCAGAACAGCACAGAGAAGACUAAAAGUGGCAAGAAAGAGGACCUACAAAAGAUGCAGAGCCUGCACCAGGCCUUGAGGAUCAACAGCGCUGGAACCACUGAACCAUACCUGUCUGGACUGAAAGCGAGCAUUUUUUUCGGCCAAAUGCCUUCUCCUGCAGCAGCUUUUGCACCUGGCUUGAGAAUGUCGCCCCAUGAGGGGACUGUCCCCUCCCUGACAGUUUCCUCCAGCCAAGCAAAGGCCCUCUUGGCAAACCUGUCAGCCUCUGGCCUGUGCACGGAGGCCCUGCUCCUGUCCUCUGCUCUACGCCAACGUCGCCUUCUCCGGGAGCAGAGAGCAUCAUCCUCUCUUCCCAGCAGCCUGUCCUCCACCCCCACAUCCUCCUCUUCACCCACAACCCCUACUCCAUCCCUUUCUCCCUCCUCUCCCACGCCUCUUGGUUCCUUUACCUUGUCCUCUGGGAUUGUCAAACUCACCAGACGAAGACUUGACAGCCCCCAACAACUCAGCAACUGUAAGGAUGGUGACAACUCUUAAUAAUGAGUAAUGUUGGGGGGAGGACAUGUUAGAAUACAAUUCUAAAAUCAUCUUGUCUCUGAGCAAGAAUAGAUAAAUCUUUUUUUACUGAUAUUUUCUUUCAGGAUUCCUUUUAUCCAUCUUUUCUUCUUUAUGGAUACUUCAUAAUUUCACUCAGUUUUCUUCUUGGAUAAGUUUCCGUCUCUCAUCUGGUUCCAUGGUCUCCCACACAGUCCUACUGCCAGAUUUCCAAAUAGAGUGCACACAAACAGGCCAGGCCUCCCAUUUCCACCAGCUGUCUGCUACAAGGUUGGUGUUGUUGGACAUGUUCUCAUUUAGUGGGCUGUUAGUGGUAUAGUUACCAUAUCUAGACUGUGACUAUGAAAGUAGAGUUGCAAUAAUCACCAAAUUAUAGUUGUAUAUGUUUAGGAUGAUGUUGCUCUUUCGUACCUGCAUAACCUGGCAGAAGAAGUCUGCUGUGAAAAUAAGAAAAAAAGACAAACGUGAUGAAUGUGGUUUUAAGGUGUCUUGUGCAAAAAGGGAAUUCUUUCAUUUUGUUACAUCAACCAAGAUUUAGACUUCAAAUCGGUGCUAUAAUUUCCCCUUUGUUUGUACACACUGAGAGUUUACAUGAUUGUUCUCCCUCCGCUGCACAUUCCUUUGGGUUCUAAUUUAAUGCUGCAUUUGAAGUUUUGUAUGUGUCUCUGCAAAUGAAACCCUUGCAUCUAUUAUUGUUAACAUGUCUAGGAUGUUUAUUCUGAGGGGAACAAGGAUAUUGCAGCAUUAUCAAUGAAAGCACACUGUAACGAGCAGCCAUGAAUCUUCACAUCUCUGUUUGAUAUAGAAUGAGGAGGCCAAGUUACACUAAAAGAGGGGAAACUGCAAAGGAGGGUCGGUAUUACCCGUGUGGAUUUACUGUAUGUGUGUUGUAACUAGUUGUUUAUGACAAUCAGAAUGUUUUCACUGUAGCAUCUCGCAGGUUGUUCUGACACCUGACAUCAAAACCCAUCCCAAAGACUCAAGCACAUGCUUGUAACGUUAAGCUGUACAGCACAGACAUAAUGUGUUUCUUUAUCUUUAAUAUUAUACAAUGAUACAUUUUAUGCUGCCCCUCAGGUGAAAUUGAUCACACUGACCCCACAUUUCACCCAAAAAGAAUGAUUUCCUUUUGAUAUUGUUGCUUCAAGAUUAUAUGGUAAAAAGUUUCCAGAUUUUAUCAUAGUUUGUACAUUAUCUUUGACUAUAAUGAACAGAUAGCACUAAAUUACUGU